AUCUGUCACCACCUUACCUACCAACAUGUUAUUGAUCAGACAGGCAGACGUGUAAAUAUCUAUUUAUACAAAUAAGAAAUAUGAAAAGGAGAGCGAUAAAAUACCAGAACACCGUCUUAUCGCCGUUUCUAUGUCUAUGUUGUAUUGUGAAUAGAGAUCUAUAACCAAGUUAUUUUAUCGGGGACAGUUACCAGAGUGGCCAUAAUAUUUGAAUGAAAAAAAAAAAGUAUUGAUUGAUCAGGGAUCACUUCAAGCCAGUAACGCACAUUCCCGCUGUGAGAUGUAGGACUGCUAUUAAGACUUUGGUAUUAAAUUUCUUGUAGAUCUAGAUUCAUUACUGGGACUUGCCCUACUGCGAUAUUCUGAUACAGAAAUACGUUAGGACUUGCACAGCCGUGUUACUGUCAUUUAGUGUGUUGUUGGAUUGAGAAAAAUGAUGUUCAAUCUUCGUUUCUCUGGAUACUGAUCUAGAUCUAAUAAUAUAUUAAUAUUGAAUGUUGAUUCGAAGUGGGAAAAUAAAUAAAUAACACAAUACAAAAGGUCUCUCAGGACAGUGCAAAAUGUUAUGUAUCUAUAACUUAACUACUAAAAUGUUGAGAUUUUAUGUUUAAAAAGAUAAACAAAAAAGCGCAAGUCUAAUUUUGAAAAAUUGCAAGAAGGAUGAAUAGAGUCAGCUUUGUACCCCUUACUCAGGAGCAGACACUAAAUAUAAAUGCUGCUUACAGAGACUAGUGAAAAACAGGAAAAUUCAAAAGAGUGGCCACCACAAGAUGGCUGCCUGCAUACCAAAAUGUCCCCUAAUAAAUACGGCCAGGUUGAAACCUAUCAGACAGCGAGUCAACAAAGUCAUUAUGACAGUAACAGACAGUGGCCAUGUCUCACUGGAGCUACUUGGUACAAUGAACAACCAGCCUGAUGGACCAGAGAUAGCCAAAGAGUUAUUUCAUGUUUCACCUGAUGGAAAACAGAUUGAGAUCUACCAAAAUGCAGAAGGUGUGGCAGCUAUAGAAGGAUGUCCAGUGUCUACACAACCAGACAAAGUAUUUCUCUAUCCUGACUUGCCAGAUAAGCUGUGGAGGAUGUACCAACAUGCCUACAAAUUUGUAGAUGUUAUAAAAUGCAAAACACCCAAAAUCAUUCUAAUGACGGACAUGGCCAGGUGUUUGUUAAUGGAGAAUGGACCAUGUCAAGACUUUCAGGCCAUUUUUAACGAUGGUGUCACAGUUGUAUUUACUGAUUCAAAAGUCACAAUAACGGAGGCAAAUGGCAGCGUUGGCUCCUUUGAUGUCACAUUUGUUAGUAGUCAUGUCAGUGCCAUCACAUUAGAGAAAGUGGAAUUGGCUAAAAAGUGCCAUCUUCAAUGUCUGGAGAUUCAAGAAUCUGUCAACAAACUACAGGCAAAGCAAGAAUUAUUUCCUCUUAGUAUUGGCACGAAAACUGCACCGUUCAAGUUGGCGUCACUGUCACACACCCCUCAGAAACUUUCACCGGAAUUCUUACAUAAUCACCAUCCCAGAACAUUACCUCACACACAAGAUCAGAUGACAAGGAUAUCCCAGAAUGCCAUUACAGCUUACAAUCCAUAUGGUCUUCCACUGACGAAAAUACAAACCCUGUCAAGAACUGAUCUUCGCUCGGUAGGAAUAUCUCCAAGUGAAAGAUUCAGUCCUCAGCAGUGUGAUAGAUUAGUCAAACCUGAGAAUGAAAAGAAUAGUUCUGCUGAUAGACAAUUUCCUAUUCAUCCAUUUAGUGUACCUUUAGUGACUCAUACACAGUUUAAUUGGAUGCCUACAUCCCCAGAAAAUAGUGCCAUACAAAAAGAAGAAAAAACAAGUCAAGAUAUGCUUGAGCAGUUCUCAAAUUUCAGUAAAAUCAAAUUGGAGAGCAAGGAAACAUGUUAUAUACCUGCGCGAGGUACAAAUAAUACAACGAACAGUCAAACAUUAACACCUUCCAAUGUCUGUGAUAAUACUGAGAAUGUAUACUAUGGAACUUGCCAAUCUAGUAAUUAUGUCACACCAAAGAAAUCCUCUAUACCUCCUGCCUAUAAUCCCCACUUCUACAGCGUAGACUCAAUCAGGCACCAGCAGUUUCAUAAAGCCGCAACUAACCAUAGUUUGACCCUGGGGGCACUAGUUGAUGAGACUGAAUUAAAAUCUGUUCGAAGGAAUUUGUUCCUUGAAGAGACGACGACUGAACCACCAAUCUCACCAUCGCCCAUGCCAGAUUGUCUAGCGCAUGAUUUGCCAGAUAUUCCUACAAAGCCCUCAGUGGAGCUGUCAAUUUGUGAAGGGGAAUGCAUACCUGACCUCAUGUCUAAUCCUUUGGAUAAACAAGGACAGGAGAAUGAAGGGGUCAACAAGAAGGAAGAAAAUAAGAUAUUAAGUCUUCCAUUUUCAAAUGAUUUAACGCAACAAAAUCAGAAAAUUUAUCGAGAGAGAAAAGAUCAGAGUGAAAAGCUAAAUUCUUCGAUUACUUCCGACUGUCUGUUAAGUCAAUCAACGAUUCAGGCAUCAGCAAUAAAGGUUUUACCUGCUUUCGCAAGAUCACUUUCGACAGGUGUCCAUUGGACAAACGUUAAUUCACAGCAAGCUAUGUCAAUGGACUUUUCUCAACAAAUUACUCCUUCUGAUAGUGGACUUGCAGCAAAUGCAGAAGGCUGCAGCCACAAUAGUUGUAUGGAACACAGCUCUCAGAACAGUUGUGCCAGUAGUAGUUGUAGCAACAGUUCUAGAAACACAAGCUGGUGCGCCAACAUUCGAAGAACCAAACAGGAAGAGAAACUAAAUAAGUCUGAUCUGGGUAGCAGGGGGCAUUACCUCCCCAUGUCACCUCAGAAACAGUUCCUUAUGAGUGACCUUGAAAGGUGCAAGGUCGACCUGACUCGCCCAUCUCACAUGCACAACUCUCUUGACAUGUCAAUUUCCAGUUGCUAUAGCGACAGUCCAAGUAGCUCACCUUCUUCAGGCUGCGACCCAAUACGCCAGGUAUUUGUCCCCUAUACAGGCUGGGCAUCAUUCUAUGCAUCUGGUGCUGUUUGGAUUUUAUAUAAUGAUGGAACACAACUUGGCAUUAAAUCUGCAGAAGCAACGAUGACCUAUAUAGAUCAGGAUGGCAACCAAAAAAGAUACAAGAACUCUGAUGUCAUCCCAGAGAUCAUUAAAAUUAAAUUGGAGAAACUUCCCAUGGUGCUUGGUUUGUUAAUGAAGAGCUCUCCAGUCACAAGUUUAUAUUAGUCACAGAGGCUCAGCUCAAGUUAGCACCCCACUGUUAAAGCGUAGAUCUACUGACACUGUUUCAAAUGUCAUCUGAACUUAAAGAUUACUUUGGGCAAAAUUAACAAUUGUGUCCAUUGAUGAAUACCUGAUGUCUACACAUUUUCUUAAUGAGCUUGUCUGGCAUUACAGCUGUGUUAAAAAAUAGAAUAACUAAAAUCUAUGUCUUCCUAAGGGAGUUUAUUAUGAGGAUCUUUCAAAACCUGUUUUAGAACUAUUUAAUUAACUUAUUUAAAUUGCACAUUUUCUAGCAUUAUAUCACUAUAAUAAAAUAUACAAAGUCCUGCACAUAUUUAUGUGUAAAUCUAGUCGUUCAUCUUGAUAACAGGCUGAAAGCAUAUCUAAAGUAAGUAAAGUUUCCCUUUCAGACCUUGCGAUCCAUGGGGCAUUGGUUUCUGUGGCCCAUGGCUAUCAAGGGGAUCAUGUGGCCAGCACAGUGACCAACCCACAUUUACUUUCCCCAACUUAUUUCAGGUACCCGUUAGAACUGAGUGGACUCAAAAAAGUGCCAUGAAGAUCCUGAAAUUAAAAAUCCCAAUCUUCACCAGGAUUCAAACCCUUGACCCCUCAGUUCAAAAGCCAAGUGCUUUACCACUCAAACACCAUUCUUCCUGAAAGCAUAUUUAAUUACUUUCAAUUUAUCUCUUGGCAAUAAAAUGUUUUGGCCUUAGAAACGCAAUGUAAAUCUAAAUAUUUUAACUAUGUUGUUUCAAUUAUCACAAUAUUGCACAAAUUUUAUUGUCAAUUUAUUAAUGACUAACAAAAUCCAGACCGCUUUUUUUCUCACUUCAAAGGGACAGCACUUUGACAUUCCCCCCAUCCCCUGCACAUAAUUUUGUCCCUUGAAUUUAUUAAAUGAAGUUUAAGAAAUGAUCAGAAUGUUUCUUGAGAGCAAGAUUUUACAUAGCCUCAUUUAUAUGUACAUCAUUGUAUGAGAUAGUCAGAUUUGUGCAGUUAAGUUUGUUAUGAAUUAGUUUUACAUUACAUAGCUCCAUUACAUACAAUAGGUAAACAAAAACAUCUAGUUAUUUUGUUUUUUAUUCGAAACAGCUGAAACCUUAAAUUCAAUGUAAAAUAGGAUAUUAUCCCCCCCCCCCCUAAUUUUUUUUUUUUUUUUUUAAAUGAAAUGAAACACUUCAAAGUAAUAUUUCCCUGACUCAAUAAUCUAUUGUAUUUCAAAAUGAUAUCAUUUUAGCUUAGCCAAUUCAUUUGAUUUUCACUUUCUAUCUAUGUUGUGAUAGAAUUGUCCAGUACCAUUUAUUGCCAGUUUUUUAUUUCAAAACCCUUUUUCUUUAAUUUAUAUGAUUAUAUUAUAUAGGCAUGUGAUGUUUUAAGAUCACAUGAUUCACUUCUCCGUCCAUUUUGUGAUAUUAUUGUUUUUCUUUGAAUGUGGUGCUUACACCAAUUUUUUAAAAAUAAAAUACUUUAAUAUUAUCAUGUUUAUGUAGAUUAGUAUACAUUCCUUUACCCCCCCUUUUUUUUUCAUUUUCCUUUCCAAACCUCAGGGAUUGAACAAAUCCAUGUGAUCUUAUGAAAAAAUUUGAAAUAGUUCAUGUGAUUUAAUGAAAAUCUUUGAAUCAUGUAUGUCUAAGUCAAGAAAUUUGAACCUAUCCAUGUGAUCUAAUGAAAGACUUUGAAAUUGUCCAUGUGAUUUAGUGAAAAUCUUUGAAUCGUGUAUGUCUAAGUCAAGAAAUUUGAACCUAUCCAUGUGAUCUAAUGAAAGACUUUGAAAUGGUUCAUGUGAUUUAAUGAAAAUCUUUGAAUCAUGUAUGUCUAAGUCACGAAAUUUGAACCUAUCCAUGUGAUCUAAUGAAAGCCUUCUAAAUUGUUCAUCUCUUAGAAGAGAGAUUUUCAACAAAUCAAUGUAAUUCAGUGAAAAUAUUUGAGUUGCUCUUUAAUCAAAAUACUUCCUACAUAAAAUGUUUGUUGAAAACUUGAUUCUUAUAGAAUUGAUUCAUUUAUUUUAAAUUUUUAAAUUGAUUAGCAAACUAUUUAUUACAUGUAUUUUUACAAAAAAAAUCAUAUAUUGCUAAAUAUUAAAUUAUAUCAUAUAUUUAUUUCAUUUAGUCCAAGUCAUGUUACAUUAAUGAUUCUAUUUUAUUUUUCAAAUGUAUUUAUUGACUUGAUUUCAUGUAGAAAUCUUUUUAUCAUGUAUUCACAUGUAGUAGAAUAAACAAA